AUGCAGGGAGACAGGGUGGAAGCACCAUGCACGGCUCUUGCCCCACCACGCUAUGGAUUCUACUACGUGGACAGAGGCUCGGGCGUCUCCCUGGGCUCGGUGCUCGUGUACUGGUGCCAGGAUGGGUACCAGCUGGUGGGCAGCCAGAGGCUGUCCUGCCUCUGCCAGGACAGCGCUUCUUCCUGGAGCCACCCCCCACCCCGCUGCCAGGCCGCCCCGCAGCCCCCGGGCACCGGCUCCCGUGCUGCGGUGGCCGCAUCGCUGCUCAGCGGAGCUGUUAUCCUAGCGCUGUCCGUCUCCUUCGCCGUCUGCUGCUGGCGGGACAGGGCGAGGAGGAGCCGCGGGAGGCAGCAACAGCACAGGAGGAAAGCCAGGGGAGGAUGGAGAUGUGACCCCUCCACCCCCGAGAGGGCAAGGAAGGCUUUUGGGAGAUUGAAACACUACCACCGGCGUGAUUACCACCUCUCGGCCCUUUCCAGCUCCGUGUUCCCAGGGGCACUGGCAGGCUGCAAUAACCUGGCUUUCCAAAGCAGCCCUGAAAGCCUGUCAAAACUGCCCCUGCAGAGCUGGCACCCCGCAGCGCAGGUCCUGCCCCGGCUGGUAUCACCCAGCACCGCCCUGCCCAGCCAGCCGUGCCACAGCAUCCUGCUGCCCGUCCUGCCCGGCCAGGCCCGCGGGCCCAGGGACCUGCUGCCCCUCUACCACAGAAGCAGUGAGGAACACCAGCUCUUCAACAAGUUCAAGAGGCCGGUUUGA